AUAAGAAAAGCGACCAUUUCCCCCUCGUCUGGAUUGAUAACCGUUAUGUAUCCCUUUUACGGGUUCGUAAAUGUAAGGUUUUACAGCUACUCAUUUUACGUUGACGAAGAAACAAAAUUACAACACUGUCGAGCACCAGCAAACAAGAAGUCCAGAUCCACAAACGUCAGCACUUUUCUUUGUUGGGCUUCGUUUUCCUCUGACAGCAUCAACACAACAAGAAAGUCCAGACUGUGGAGUUAUUUUGUCAAGAUGAUCACUCACGUGUCACUAUGCAAACUGUUUCCUUUAGUUCUAGUGGGGGUUGUGGUGUUUGUAGUGAGUGGGAACACUGGAGACCCCCUGUAUGAAUGCCUUCAAGACUCAGACUACAGUGAACUCCUAGAUAUUGUGGAUAAAGGACUUCCUACCACAAAGAAGCCUCAACACAUAGCAGUUAUUGGGGGUGGCAUCGCUGGACUCACCGCAGCCAAGUUUUUGGAAGAUGCAGGCCAUAAGGUGACCAUAAUAGAAGCCAGUCACCGUAUUGGAGGACGCAUUGAGACCUUCAGGAACACAAGGGAAGGCUGGUAUGCAGAGGUGGGCGCCAUGCGGAUCCCCAGCUUUCAUAAGAUUGUGCUCUCCUUUGCCUCCAAAUUACAAAUUCCCUUGAACCAUUUUAUCCAAAAUGACAUGAACACCUACUUUUUGCUAAAUGGAAACCUUCAUAAAAACUUUGCAGUGGUGAACAACCACGAUGUACUUAACUACACAUUGGAAGAGAGAGAGAGGGGAAAGUCUGCCGCGCAGCUCUUCAGUGAAACUCUGUGGAAGGUGAGAGAUGAUCUUCAGACAAGUGGUUGCGGUGCAAUGUUGGGCAAAUAUGAUUCCUACACAGUCAAAGAAUACUUGGUGAAAGAGGGCAAUCUGAGUCGUGGAGCAUUGCAGAUGAUUGGAGCCAUCCUGAAUGAAAACAGCCUCUUUUACACCUCCAUGCUCGAGAUGUUGUAUGUUCAGUUCGACAUUAAUGACAACACAGAGUACUUUGAAGUGACUGAUGGCUUUGACCACCUAACAACGGCUCUCUACAGGACAUUAAAUGCCACAACCCUUCUCAACUCCAAAGUCAAAAUCAUCGACCAAUCGGGAGGCAGAAAUGUGUCAGUGGCAUACCAGGACCAGCGUAAUCCAAGUUCCCUGACCAACCUGACGGUAGACCAUGUCCUGGUUACAGCUACAGCCAAGGCUACCCUCUUCAUUGACUUCCAGCCACCACUUUCCGGGGACAAAAUGGAAGCCCUGCGCUCAGUUCACUACGCAAGCUCCACAAAAGUGAUUCUGAGCUUUAGAGAGCGCUUUUGGGAAAAAGAGGGUAUCAGGGGAGGGAAGAGCAUCACAGACAGACCGUCUCGCUUUAUUUAUUACCCCAGCCAUAGUUUCUCCGGAACAGACGCAGGGGUCCUACUCGCAUCUUACACUUGCUCUGAUGAUUCCACCCUGUUUCAAGGUGUGAGCGAAGAUGACCUGAUGGCUCUGGCCCUCAAUGACUUGGUCAAGAUCCAUGGAGAGGAUAUCAGGUCUGUAUUUACUGGUGGACUGGUGAAGAAGUGGGCUUUGGACCCUUACAGCCUGGGAGCCUUUGCACUGUUCACGCCCUACCAGGGCAUUUAUGCCUCAGAACUAUUCCAGAGUGAGGAACAUGUGCACUUUGCAGGGGAACACACCGCCUUACCUCAUGGUUGGAUAGAAACUUCCAUGAAAUCUGCUCUCAGAGCGGCCAGAAAUAUUAACAACCCCACUAUUUAAGCCUACGCAUAAUAUAUAUAAUGUAGUUUAAUGGUACAUUAUUUAACAUUGCAUACAGUACCCUAUUUUUUAUAGCUCAUUUAUAUACUGUACAUUAGUAAUCACUUUUGUAGUACAAUUGUUACAAUGACUUCAGUCUGCCACAACUUUCUGUUCCAGAAAUUUUGGAAUUCAGUCAGCUGGAAAUAUCAUUCAUGUGUUGAUUUGACACAUUAUACUUGUUUACAAUGAGUAGUAUGCAUCCAACUUCAAAAUGAGUGUCAUAGAAAACUGUUUUAGAACAACACUGUAGUAUUGUAUAGGUUGUGCAUAUUAUAAAACUCCUUCAGAUCAAUAAGUAUGUCCUUACAUUGACUUCAAAGUGCAAUGCAUAGGACGUAAAUUAUGCCCAACUGGCUACUUUUUAUGUCACGUUAAUUAAAGACUUGCUCUGAAGUGAAAAUCUUAGUCAUCAGACUCUUGACCAUGAUACAUUCAUUGUAUUUGUGAUUAUGGUGAAGAAAAUAUUUUGGAAUCAUUAUACGAAAGAAACUUUAUGCUGUUACUCAAAUAGUCCAAAUAGAAGUGAAGAGAAUGAAAUAAAACA